GCUGAUUAAUUUGACAUUUGUGCGUUCACAGAGAUGAAGAAGGUUCACAUCGAGGUGAAGGGAACUACUCCGGCAACACAAAAACCUGCUGAAGACCAAGAGAAUGGCAGUGAGGAAGAAGAGGAUGAUGAGGAGGAGGAUGAAGAUGAAGGGGAGGAUGAAGGAGAGGAGGAGAGGGAGGAUGAGGAGGACAACAAAGACCGCAGCAACAAGAUGAGCUCAAAUAAAGCAGGAAAAGAGCCGAGCUCCGAGUCAAGCAGCGAGAGCGAUUCGGACGAUGACCGAAGCAAAGAGGAGAGACUUUAUGACAAGGCCAAGAGACGCAUAGAGAAACGAAGGCAGGAAAACCUGAAGAACAUUAAUUUUGGCAAGCUCCGAUCUCCUGUGGUUUGUGUACUGGGUCAUGUAGACACAGGGAAGACCAAAAUCCUGGAUAAGCUGAGACACACUCAUGUUCAGGAUGGUGAGGCUGGUGGGAUCACACAGCAGAUCGGAGCCACUAAUGUGCCCCUGGAAACCAUAUUAGAACAAACCAAGAUGGUGAAAAAUUUUGUCAAGGAGAACGUGAAGGUUCCUGGCAUGCUCAUUAUUGACACACCUGGACACAAGUCCUUCAGGUACACACUGUGCUAUUGAUUUUUGUGUGCCAAAUAAAAAUAAUAGACAGA